AUGAUUGAUGCCUCUGACCUCAUGAACCAGAGUACUAUAUGCUUACAGCCAAAAUCUUUCAAGAAGUUAAUUUGUCUACAUCCGUCUGAGGCUGCAAAGCUGCGCAACUACCUGCACUUUCGUGAGCCAGUUAACUUGAAGAAGAAAUCCAUCUUGGAAAUGGCUAAAAUGAACCCUGCUCUCGACUUCCUAGAUCCUUUGAGGGAGGACAUUCCCAAAGGGUCAUGGAGUCUACAGUUUGAGCAGGGAGGUACCGUGUGUGUAUUACGCAGCCUACUCUGGCUGGGUCUCACCUUCUACCACAUUCCCCAGACCCCACAGCAUGGAUACAUCUACAUGGGAGAUGGACUUAUGAAUCUUGACCUCUCUUUCAUGUUAUAG